AUCUGUUCAUGUAAUCCGCCGCGUUGUUUCCUUCCUCCACCUCCGUUUCUUUCUUCAUAGAUAGCUACCAUACGGAAUCCCGCCUGGAAUCUCCGGCGGAACCCAAUUACCACCCAAACCCGCAAAGUCUCAUACUGCUGCCGUUCCUUCUUUCCUCACUUCUUUGGUUCUUCCUCUCCUAAAGCACCUAUCAACUAGACUCAGAUUCUACUAUCUCUCUGUCUCCUCACCACUUGGAUGCUACCAGGUUUUUCAGCUUGUUAAUUUUGAACCAUGACAUUGCUUGAUAUAAUCACGAAGGCUUCAGCUAAUACUGAGGCACAUGGUUCCCAAACAGAGUACCCAAUCAUUCUCAAUCCAGAUGAUGUUUUCAACAAUCUUAAGACUGAACUUGAAAACCCAGCUUCUUCAUCUCUUGUAAGUCCCCUCACUGGAUGGGAAAUCUCGCGUACUGAUGCUGUUAUCAUUGACUUGAGUAAAAAGUUUGUUACCAAGCUGAAGAGAAAGUUCAAAGACACAAAUAAUUUUAAUAGGGAGGAGUUCAUUGGGAUGUUGAAUUCAUUUCUCGAGAAAGUUAGGGAGAAAAGUGGAAUUUCAGUUGGGGUUGAUUCGAAUGAUAAUAGGUAUACUGCAGUUUUGAUUGAGAAGGUGGGGUUUUUGAUGGGUAGAGAUGUGGUAGUUUUGGUUUUGGAAGCAUGUCUUAGUUUGGAGAUUUGGGAGUUGGUUGAGGCUUUGAUUAUAAAUGGCCAUGUUGAUCAUUCAUGUUAUUCAAGUUUGGUUCCAGAGCUUGCUGCCAAGAAGAAAACAGAUUUGCUUUGUCUUUGCACCAAGCAUGCUUCAGAUCUAGGGCCGUUAGAGUUGCUUUGCAUUUUGAAGUAUUUUCUUAAUCCAUCUAAAGGUGCAUAUGGUGGUAUGGUCAGUGUAAGGAAGGAGUGGGAGAGCCAAGCACUUUUAGCCAUUGACAGGGCGGGAGAUGAGAAGGUCUUUGGGAAGAAAUCACGAUUGGCAAAAGAAGCUGCGAUUUUGUUGAUGAUUGCAUAUGAUGGGUUUUCAGAUGCUGAACUUUGUUUGCAUUAUUUGUUGAAGUCAUCAAAUGUUGAUGAAGUUGUACUGGCAUAUUCAAUUGGAAAGUUAAAUGGUAAAGAGAUGGUGAACUUGAUUCGGUAUUUGGGAAAAUGGUUGAAGAAGUACGAGAGGUUUCCUCAGGCAAAUGAAUGUCCCAAGGCUUCAUCCACUCUAGGCUUGAAGGCUUGUGAUUGGGUUCCUAAACUUGAAGAUGUUGCAAAAUGUCUUGGUAUGCUUCUGGAUCAGAACUUUUCUUCAUUGGUGUUGCAUGCGGAGUUUCACGAAGAGCUCAAAUCUAUUGAGGAAGUUGUUAGUUCUCUAGCCUUCGAAGCAAGAUUUUGUUGCUUGAUGGAAAAUGUUGUUGAGAAGUUGAGAGCUGGGGCGCAGAGUUAGGAACAUGUUCCAUCCAUACUCCUUAUCAUUUGCAAAAUUUUGCCGGAAUCUACAUGUUCUUGUCAUGGUGAUCUAGGUUUGUUUGAGUGGAUUGAACUUUAACCAUCCCAAGGAAUCAUAUGUUUUAACUUUUUUGUGAUAUUACGAGAUUAAUUGUUUUUCUCCAGGAUUAUUAUAAGCCAAUGUGGACAUGAGAAGGUCCCCGGUCCUAUGAUCUUAUUAAUGUGUCAAAAGUUCUUGAAUCCUGCAGUACUUAUAUCAAAAGGGCUUCUAAAAUAAUUUUGCAUCGCUGCUUUUUGUUGAAAUUUGAACAUGCAUAAUAGAAGAUGUCACAUCAG